CUGGACGAGGGCCGCUCAACUUUUCACACAAGCAUAUCACUCUGGCGCACAUACACUGACGCACGAAGCUUGUGUUUUCUUCCGAGCAGUCAAGUCGUUGAUCGAAAUGCUGAGGGUGCGCCGCCCAGGGGAGGUCUCCCAUAGUCAAACAAUCAACCUGCUCCUCACACAGUUCAGUCCGUUGCUUCACGCGGCGAGAAGCACAACAACAGUCUCGAGUUUCGCAAACGAGCGCGUGAGAAUCUUUGUCGAGUACGGCCAAGAAGUCGACCACAAACUUGCACGAUGAGCUGGAAGCGACCCGACAACGUACCGUACCCAUCGGUUUGGCAUACGUUCCAGGCGAAGGAUACGGAAAGUGAUCAACUGGUUACGUACCGUGUGCAGGAUCUGCCGGAAGAUCGUUUCGAGGAAGCGAUCGCACACAUGAUGGAGUACUUCGUCUACGAUGAACCGACGUGCCGUGCCAAAAAUAUCGUAAGUGAGCAGCAAAGCGUAGAUGAGAUAGCUGAUUUGUGGCGCGAAUUCGUCAAAUUUCACCUGGUGCUCGUGUGCUUCAAGGAGGGAAGCGAUGAAAUUGCGGGCAUGAACAUGCUGUACGUUUCCCAGCAAAGCGACAAGGAAGAGUAUCAAUGCAAAGGCAAAAUUUGGAAAUGCAUUUACGAUUUGGUCGAUUACACGAUGAAGGAGGCAAACGUGUACGAGCGAUACGGUGUCGAUAAGUAUCUGGGAGCGAUGGGACUUUCGGUGGCGCCAAACUACCGGGGACGAGGCAUUGCUACGGAGAUUCUGCGUGCACGAAUUCCCCUUUGCAAGGGCGUUGGCUUACCGUUGACAUCCACCUGCUUCACGGCGAUCGGAUCGCAAGUUGCUGCAGCGAAAGCCGGCUACGAGGAGACGUACGUGGUGUCGUACGAUGAUAUGGCCAAGGUAGAUGAUCGGUUCGUUUUUCCGAACAUUACUACCAAGUAUGUUAAGUGCAUGUCCAAACGAGUAGAAUAAAACCUUUGCGUGUGGUAAACCCCGGUUUGUUGCUGGCGC